GCAGCUGAGCGGCGCGAGGCCCGGGCCGAACACGGUUGCCAUAGAAACGAGGCCUAGGUUGCUGAAGAGAAUGCGAUCGGCGCGUGACUGAAUGAACUUCUAUAAAAAAUUGCAGUUCGGGAUCUGAGCGACGAGGCAGUGCACAAUGAUGCCAGGAGAGGCCGAACUAAGCGACCUGCUCGCUAAGAAAGAGCAAGAAUGGAAGGAGCUCCAGCAGCGACAGAUCCUCAUCCUCCAGCAAAACCUGAAAGACGCCCUGAAAGAUCUCCAAGAGCAGAAGGAGAAAUUCACCAGGUUGAAGAAGGAUUUCACCCACAACUUGAAGGUGCUGGGCGAGAGGGACCGGGAUCUGGAGCAGUAUGAAGUCAUGUACAACCGACUGAAGGUCCUGGAGAACACAAAGCAGUCUGAGAUCAGCGACUUAAAGAUCCAGAUCGAGAAACGUCGGCAGGAGGGCCUGAGAGAGAAGAAGAAGUAUGACGAUCUCCAGAGCCACCACCAGCGCAGGGUGAAGGAGCACCAGCUGGAUCUAGAGCGGAUAAGCAGCUCCAAAAAUGGCGACAUCGAUCGUCUUCGAGAAGAGUAUGAAAACGUGAAGCGUCAGCUGGAAAGGAAAAUUGAGGAGGUGCAAGGAGACCUGAGCCUGCAGAGACAGGAAUUGUCUUGGGAGUUUGAUUGUGAAAUGAAGAAACGUGAGCACGAGUUUCGUCUACGUCUCGAUGAGAUGAACACUGUGGUUCUUUCCCAUGAACUCAAGGUGAAGUUACUGACAAAAGAGUUGGAAGUUAUGAGGGAAAUGGAACUGAACGGCGCAGAAACAAUUCAGGAAGCCGAGUCCACCAACCAGAGACUGCAAGAAGCUCUAAAGCUAAAGGAGUUUGAAAUCAAGGAGCUAUCAGCAGUAAAAGACGCACGAAUAAAAGAAGUGGAAGAGACGCUGACGUCCUUGCAGCGUCAGAUGAAAAAGCAAGAGGAGACGUUUCAGAGAAAACAUGUGCAGCUAGACCGGCUGGCUCGCGAGAAGGAGUCGGCGCUGGGAUCUAUGAAGGAAGUGCACGCUGAACGGGUACAGCAGCUGGAGCAGCAGAUGACGGAGUUGCGGGUGUGCGUGGAAACCAUACAGGCGGAGCGGCAAAGAGCUCAGUGCAGCCAGCAAGCAACGCUAGCGGAAAAAGACUACGCCAUUGAGAAGUUGAAAGAUGAAGUAGCCACGCUGAAGAACGGCUGGGAUUCGUAUGUUACCCAGGUAUCUAAAGACUCUGUGACGAAAGACCUCCAGAUUCAGGCCUUACAAGAAGAAGAGCAGAAGAUGAAAGCUGAGAUCACCAGAUACCAGAAAGACAUUGAGAGGUACCAGCAGCAGCUGGCAUGUUCACUGGAGCGUGAGAGGAUUUUGGAGCAGGCCAGGGUGCAGGUUGAAUUGGACUGGCAGAAGCGCUGUGAGAUGGCAGAGAAAGCCCAGUACCAGAGAUCCGAGGAGCUUAUAGAAAACCUCAGUAAAGCCAAGGAACAGUUAGAGGCUGAUACAAAGGAAAAGGAUCGGAGACGGAAUGAUCUGCAGCUGCUGGUGUCCACCCUGUCCUGGGAGCGGGAUCAAGCCCUGAAGAUGACAAGUAAAUCCCCAGGAGAACAGACACCGGGAACGGUGCCAGACUUUGCUUCAAAGGAAAUUCAGAAGCUGCAAGAGCAAAAUUCCGAGCUACGGGAAGUGAUAGGUCAGAUGAGAAAAGAGAUGGAGUCUUUAUGUGAGCAGAUGUCUCCACCACCUCCUGAAGGCACAGAACCUCCAUCUAGUAAGCCCGCAGAGAAUGCGGUCACCGCGGAUUAUGUGAGGUCACUUGGGGUGGAGAUCAAAGAUCUAAAGCAGAAGAACCGAUUGACCGAGGAGAAGCUUGAGGAGACUCUGUCACUGAAGAACAAUCCUCAGCUGCCUUCCACAGCAAAACCAGUUUCUCCAGACAACGUCUACAUCCAAAGCCACAUUAGCAGUUUGAAUGAAACCAUUGGCGCGUUGAGAGCUGACAAGGUUGCAUCAGCUGCGGCUUCUAAGAAACUGGAAGCAAGAGCCGCUCACCUCGAGUCUCUGGUUACAGAAGUCACUCAGAAGGUCCAGCAGAAACAGGCAGAAAUCGAUCAGCUGCAGUUCCAGUUGAACAGCGAGACGCGUCACAGCCGAUCCACCAUCUCCAGCCUGCGGCAGAGGCAGGCCGAACUAGAAAUGCAGCUGACUGAGGCUCGCAAAGAGGCAGAGGAAUUUUUUAAAGGGAACUUAAAGCAAAACCUGGAAGCAGUGGAACUUGGAAAUGAGGUUUCGGCACUGAAGCUGGAGCUGGCCAGUCAGCGGGUCCCGGUGGUCCUCAGCGAGACAGCAACUGUAAAGGAACUUCGGGAAGAGAACCUGACCCUUCGGCAGCAGCUGGUGGCCCUCACGUGCCCAGGUGGUGGUCCUACUAACCCUUACAUGCUAAGAAACAAUCUGAAGGAAGCUGUGAAGAAAAUAUCUCAGCUGAGUUUGGAGAAACAGCAGCUGAUUGACAUGGGGAACAGACUGCGGGCAGAACUGGCGGGGGCAGAAGGAAACACUUCAAAGGCUUCUGUUCCUCCUGUUGUCCAGACUCCUUCUAAACUUCAGGCAGCAGAAAUGCAGAAUCGCCUGUCAGCGCUAGAGGGUCUACAGUACCAGCUCACCUCUCAGGAGCUACAAUUCGCUCAAUACCAGAAAGCGCCCAGUCCUCCUGCCAAGGAUCGCAUCACUACAGCAGCCAAAAUUAAAGGGCACGGCGACAGGUCUGAGGCUUUAGCUGCAAUGCAGCCUUCGACUUCUGAAUCUACACGUAAAGAGAACGUCACUCCAUCACCACGUGGACGUCUCGGCUCUAGGUCCAAUCAGUCAGGGGCGUCUUGGGUUGAUGGAGAUUCAUCUAUACAGGAGGUCUGGAAAAUCCUAGAUAUGGGGUCAAGUCCGUCACUGAUGAGCUCCCAAGAAGAGGCACAACAAGUGACCACAUCAAGAAGUCAUCCAGGAUCGGGGAAUCAAAAUACAAAACCAUCUUCUUUGAGGAAUCGUUCCGAGAAGCCCGCCCAGCCGUUGAAUACCAGAAAGACAAAAGGCAGAGGAUUGCACAACACCCCCAAAAUUCGGAACUACAACAUACAAGACUGAUUUAAGUUCUCACCAUCUCUUUUCACCUUGAGAAUUGCUGGGCGUAAAAGUGGUGGUGCCCAUCAAUUAUACAUGAACCAGCCUUUCUGCAGAUGGGUGACUCUGGCGAUCUCGGAGCAUUUGGUUUGGACCUUCUGUUGGCAGUUGCAUCAUAUUUGACCAUAGGAUUAAUGUUUCUGUUCUUGCCCUUAAACCAAAGACAUCCCAACAGACUCCACUGAAAGUCAGUGUGGUCACAUCAGGUGCUGGUAUCUGCUUCACAACUGACCUGACGGAGCAUUGUGCUUCCUGUUGUCAGCCAUGAUGCGCCGGUACACUCGGCUGCUUUUGCCACAUGGCCAAAACUGGUAACCGUUUUACUACUGAUUUCCAUGUGCUUACCACGUACUUGCCACACUGCCGCAUAGUGCAUUGUAAAACCACAGCAAUUUGUGAUGACCUCUAUGACACAAACGACUAUGUGUACUGGCAUCCUUGGUUACUUACGUUGAUUUUGAUGGCCGUCUUACAAUUCCGUACAAGCUCAUUGCUGUAUGGAACUCUAAUAAGACGCCCAUAGAUGUCCAUGUGCCAUACUGUACUUUGACGUCUUAUGGAGGCAUACCAAAAGAGUACAUUUACAUUUUUGAUGCUGUCAUUGAAUGGAGCUAAACAGCGCUGACUCCCAUUGAAAACGAGAUACAGACACCAUGUGGCCACCACCAGAAUUUUGGCGCAGGGUCCAUAUCCAAUUCUGGUGGCUGCCGUGUGAACGUCCUCUUAGGCCUCAUUCACACGAGCGUGACUGAUUGGCCCUGGAGGCGGUCCGGAUGCCUUCAGUGAAACUCGCACCAUUUUACAAGCCAGUUCAGUCAGUUUUGUCUGUUUUUG